AUGCCGGAUUGGCGGGAGCUCAUACCGGAGCAAAAGAAGGGAGGGAAACCUUCCACGGGAGUGGCCUUACGUGUGAUUGAGGGGCUAGUUGCCGAUGAGUGGCUCGUCGAUUCGGGUAGCUCCCAUCACCUAACCAAGGACAAGAGCCUAUUUGAGACCCUCGAGAUGUUCGGGGGGAGUGGCCGAGAAUUCACGUUCGGGGACCAAGGGACCUUGUGGGCAGAGGGGAGCGGCUCGGUUGAGCUGCGGGCUGGAGUGCGCGGGCGGCUGGAGAUGUGCGCCUCACCCUCGACGACGCGUGCUACAUCGUCACGCGUGCGCAAGGCGCUCCGUCGCAAAGUCCGCACAGGUGCGCCUAGCGGAUACGGUCGGGGCGACUUCGCGGCCGCCCUCCGGCACUGGGAGCUGCCCUCGCCACCAAUCCGCUCUUCAGCGGGGUCUAGUUCGAGCUCGCCUUUGCCGCUCUGGAAGAGGGGAACGACAAUCACCGGUCGUGUGCUAGCCCGCAUGAGUUCGAGAACCACGUGGGCAAGGGGGAAUAGGAAGAGCUGGAAGGAAAGUCUCUACACAGGGGCCGAGAAAGUCUCCGUCUGGAAGAAGAGCACGGGUCGAAGCGUGGAGUCGCGCCGGCGAAGCAUCGGCUGCCGCUUGAAGAAUCCUAGAAAAAAGGUCCAAAUGCGCAGAGUGCAGGACAUCCCGUAG